AUGUUGACGCAUACCACUACAACCACCACACAUGAAUUUGAACAAUAUUAUAACACACCUACUACUGAUACUACUAACACUAAUACUAGUAGUAGCAGUUAUCCAAUAUUUACAAAAACACCAAAUGUUUCACCCGCUGACUCUUUAAUUCUAAAUCAACCAUUACGUAGGAGUUACACUGUUGAAAUGAGAAAUCAAAGUCGGCAAAAUAAGACAUUCUGUUUACCAUUCAGUCGAACGAAUAAAUCGCCUUACAAAUUGUUACCAGAUCGAUGGUCAUUUAAAAGUAAUGAUCGUCAGAUCUCCUUGGCAGUAAAUGGAUAUAAAGCCGGAAGUAAUCUUCAAGAAACUGAGACAAAUUUCCCUACUCCUACCCACUAUCACGAUCCUACUAAAUAA